UUUCCCGAAAACCUCAUAUACCAAUUUUUCACAAGAAAAUUUGUCAUUUAAGAGCCAAAAAGCGAAACGUCACUCAUUUUUAAAUAAAUUUUCCUUUCCACUGGACGUGUAUUUCUCCGGGUGCAAAAAAUUCCUUGUGUUUAUUUUUUUUUUUUAAGCCAAAAUUACAUAAUGACGUCGCGAUGAGUCACAGGGUGAAUUGGAACAUGGGAUUGAACAGUGGAAUGAAGGUGACGUACAAACGUCAAAAUCCGAUCAGUGCGAAAGGGGCGGACGUUCCUUCUUCGAUUAAAGUACAAUAAAGUACUCUUUUUAUCAAGAAAUCCAAUGGUUUCGUUCUCGUGAAUUUCUCGACGGGAAUAAUCUUUUACGUCCCCGUGACUUGUGAAUGUCCGAUUUUGUUAAUGGAAGUCAUGUCUGGGAACUGAUGUCUGAACAAUGAAAUUCCUACGAGAGGAUACGAAGAAAAAGAAAGAAGGGACUAUCGGAGUGGUCGGAUAUAAAAGAUGCUGAUUUAGAAUCUUUUCAUGAGUUUAAUUCUAAUUGCUGAUAAUUCUACUUGUCGACGAUUAGACGGAAGUAGUUUUUGAGGGUAAAAGUUAUUAUUUAUUAUCGAAAAAAUGCCAGCACCACCUCCACCUCUGCCGAAUUUGCCAGAAGAGAAAACUGACGUUAAUGAGAGCGAAAGUUUACCUCCGUGGGCGAAAAUAACACUCACUUCUACAGAAGCUGAGAUAGAAAAAUUGAUUUCUAGAAAUGAAUUGAAAGACGCUGAAGUGACGUAUUUUUGCCAAGUUGAACCGAUUCUUCAAGAUGGUCCUCAAUGCGGAUUGGUUGCUCUGGCCAUGGCCUCUCAGGAGUACCGGAAGCCAGUUUCCGUGAUUCAACUUUUAGCGGAAGCUCGAGUUCGUGGAUUUACCCAACACGGGGAAGUCUACAGUGUCGAUUUCAUGGGGACCUUGGCUGCAGAACACUUACCAGAUCACAGACCUGAUAUUUUAGUAGAUUUACAAACGUGUCCAGACACUUUAACACAUGCUUUGGCUCAUGGUGCAAUGGUUCUAGUUCCAUACGACUCCGAUUUUAAUCAUGCACCGUGUCUUAAAAGGGGACACAAAGCUCACUGGGCUUUACUCGUUGGACUUAUUUCCUCCAGACAAGGCUAUCACGUUUUAGCCCGUCACGGAAAAUCUCGACACUUGGCUUGCUGGCCUCUGCGCGAUUUAAUCGAGAGCAACGGAAAUUUAGAAGAAGAAGGAACUGCAAGACAUGCGGGAGGAUAUGUGAUACCAAAAGGAGGGGUAGGUGGUCAAAGAGGAUUACGAGGCAGGGCCUUGGCCCUUCAUCCCUAUAUUUAAGCUUUCCAAAAAAAAAAUCCCUUAAAUCAUAGCUAUGUACCACAGACAGUUUCCAGUCGAAAUUUGAUCUAAAGAAAUGCUGAUCAAUUUCAAAACGACCAAGAGUCAAGCUUUGUAAAUAAUUCCAAUAGCAUUUAUCGCUAUUGGCAUCACCGCGCAAACGAAUCUAUAAUGUAAAUAACUGUUGCAUAUUUUAUUUAGUUUAUCGCUGUUUUAUAACCGAUCUUAGUUCUGUGGUACUGUCUUUUCAUCGAAACCUCGUUGAGCAUCCGAAUAGAUCAGAAUACUUGCAAA